GACUGGGCGGGGCGCCGCGAGAGGCUCCGGCUGAGCUCUGACUAGCGGGCGGGCGUGGCGGAUGACGGCAGCGGCUGUACUAGUUGCUGGGGUCGGGGAUGCAGCGGCUGAAUCGCCCUGUCGCUCUUGGGUGUGGCUGAAGGAUGGCGAACGUGCGGGUGGCCGUGAGGGUGCGUCCCCUCAGCAAGAGGGAGACCAAAGAAGGAGGAAAAAUUAUCGUGGAAAUUGAUGACAAAGUGGCAAAAGUCAGAAAUAUAAAGGUGGACAGUCGACCUGACAGCUUUGGAGACUCCCGGGAGAAGGUUGUAGCAUUCAGCUUUGAUUACUGCUACUGCUCAGUCGACCCAGAGGACCCUCAGUAUGCAUCUCAAGAUGUGGUGUUCCAGGGUUUGGGGACUGAAGUACUAUCUGGGGCUGCCAAAGGCUACAACGUUUGCCUCUUUGCCUAUGGACAGACAGGAUCUGGGAAGACACAUACUAUGCUUGGGACCCCGGCCUCUCUUGGGCUAACACCACGGAUAUGUGAGGGUCUCUUCAUCAGAGAGGAAGACUGUGCCUCAUUACCUUCCUCCUGUAGGAUCAAAGUGAGUUUCCUGGAAAUCUAUAAUGAACGAGUACGGGAUCUGUUGAAGCAGUCUGAUAAAAAAAAGUCCUAUACCUUGCGGGUCAGGGAGCAUCCAGAGAUGGGGCCCUAUGUACAAGGUCUAUCUCAACACGUAGUUACCAGCUAUAAGCAAGUAAUCCAACUCUUGGAGGAGGGAAUAGCAAACAGAAUCACAGCAGCCACCCAUGUUCACGAAGCCAGCAGCAGAUCCCAUGCCAUCUUCACUAUCCACUACUCACAGGCGAUUGUGGAGAACAACCUCCCCUCCAAGAUUGCUAGCAAGAUCAACCUUGUGGACCUAGCAGGCAGUGAAAGAGCAGAUCCCAGUUACUGUAAGGACCGGAUUACUGAAGGUGCCAACAUCAACAAGUCCCUUGUGACUCUGGGAAUUGUCAUCUCCACUUUAGCCCAGAACUCCCAAGUGUCCAGUAGCUGCCAGAGCCUCAGCAGCCCAACCAGCAGUGGUGGUGGAGACAAUGGGACUCCUUAUACUUUGGGGACCAGCAGUGGUGGGGGAGCCUCCCGGAGGCAGUCUUACAUCCCAUACCGGGACUCUGUGCUGACCUGGCUGCUGAAGGACAGCCUUGGAGGCAACUCAAAGACCAUCAUGGUUGCCACUGUGUCUCCUGCACACACCAGCUACAGUGAGACCAUGAGCACACUCAGAUACGCAUCCAGUGCCAAGAACAUCGUCAACAAGCCACUGGUCAAUGAGGAUGCAAAUGUGAAGCUCAUCAGGGAACUCAGGGAAGAGAUCAGGAGGCUGAAAGCCAUGUUGCUGAGCUUCGAGCUGAGAAACUUCAAUUCCGUAAAUGACAAAGAAAAUGAAAAUCUGAAGGAGCUAGUUCUCCAAAAUGAAUUAAAGAUGGACAAGCUGACCAAUGACUGGACCCAGAAGUGGCAUGACUGGCAGGCCCUAAUGGAGCACUACAGUGUGGACGUCGGCAGGAGGAGGGCUGGGGUGGUCAUUGACUCCAGCCUGCCGCACCUGAUGGCCUUGGAGGAAGAUGUGCUCAGUACGGGUGUUGUGCUCUAUCACCUCAAGGAGGGGACAACAAAAAUAGGAAGGAUUGACUCAGACCAGGAACAGGAUAUUGUCCUUCAGGGCCAGUGGAUUGAGAGAGACCACUGCACAAUCACCAGUGCCUGUGGGGUGGUCAUUCUCCGGCCUGCCCAGGGGGCACGUUGCACAGUCAAUGGCCGCAAGGUCACUGCCUCUUGCCGUCUGACCCAAGGAGCUCUCAUAACCUUGGGAAAAGCACAGAAGUUUCGAUUCAGUCACCCAGCGGAGGCUGCUGUGCUGCGGCAGCAGCGGCAGGUUGCAGAGGCCAUUGGCAGCAGUGGUUCUUUGGAAUGGCUGGACUUGGAUGCAGAUGUCCCUGCCUCUCGCUUGAGUCUCUGCCCUUUGCUUUGGAAGGAAAGGAGAGUGCUAGAAGAGCAGAGUGACAAGGACCACCAGCCACCAAGGGACAGAGGAACAUCCUACAGAGCCCAGAUUCAGCAGCAGCAGUGCUGUGCGGAAGAUUUGAGGCAGCAGAUCAAAGCAGGACACAUUGGAGCUGAGAAGGAUCUGGAAUGGGACCAGGCUUACACCCACCAGAAGAUUGGAGAUAACCAGCAGUGGCUGUUUAGAGAACAGCAGCAAGAAGACGACUUUGGGGCAGAGAAGGAAUCUGAAGCCUCGGGAACACCUGAUACUUGCCUUCAGACAGAUCCUGAGGCUCCAUCCCCACCACUGGUCCAUAGCCAGAAGAGGCUGGUGCAGCUGCAGCUCUCUGAAAGACGUGCCCCUCAAGCAGUGGAGCCGAACAUCCCAAGAAAAAAGGCCUCAUUGCAGGUAGACGGAUUCAUCAAGAACCAGAGGCUGCUGGAGGCCCAGGCAAGACUGGAGCAGCUCAGGGCAUUAUACUGGCUUCAGGAUGAAAGAACCCAGCAGUCGCUAUGCUGGAUCCAUAGCUCUGAUUCCACGGCCCCACAGCCUCCAUCUGGAAGCAGAUGGACACACUGCAGUUCUCUGAGCUGCCAAAGGCUCUGCAGUGAGCAUCUGCCUCCACUACACAGUGCUUUUCUGAAUUGGGAUCUCUCUACCGUGUUACCGCCUAUGCCUGACCCUACUCAGCAAGUGUCAGAGAAAAUUCCACGGGCUGACCAUGUUUCCUCAGCAGCUGCUUGCCUUCCAAGGACACGUUGUCUCCAUAAGAGUGAUCGCUGUCCCUCAGGCCAGGGGCUGCUCUGCAUGGCCAAGAAAGACACCUUAGCUCCAGGCACCUGCCUUACUGUGAGCCACAAGUCUGUCAACAUCCAGGAAAUGGAGACAGUGGAGAAGCAGCUCUCUCAGAUGGUGUCCCAGGGCAUAGCAUCUCUAUGUCAACUACCUAACAAGCUAAAGCCAAGAGAUGAACCAAAAACCCUCACCUCUACUACUCAGACCAGAAGGGCUAAGGAACUAGCAGACUCUGGCAACACAAAAGCUGUGUCACAAAAAGAAGGGAACUUUGGGGCAAACAAAGCUGCUAGGGGAACCAGUUAUAGUUAUUCUUAUCCCCAUGGACCUAAGCAAGCCACUGGGCAUGGAAGAGUGGCCAAGACUUUUCAGAUGAAAUCCAAGCCACCUUUUCCAGGCAGGGAAUCAAAAAGGCAUCAGAGGGUAUUGGCAGCAAGGGUCAGAGACAUUGCCAAAAAGUACUGUCAUUUACCUCAUGGCCAUCCUUUGAAGAGACAUCACAAUGUAGGUGAUCCAGAUGCCACAGCUUCACAUACAGAUUCUAGCCUAGUGAUGGACUGUGCAAGAGGAGAAGAUGAUUUAUCUGAUACAGAUAGCAACUACUCGGUGGAUUCUCUCUCUCCUGUCUGUGCCAAAGCCUUGCUGACUGAGAUGCUGAUGCCAGAGGACCCUCCAGGAAAGUGGUGUCUCCCGGAGUCGGAGAACUCUGAAAGUCACAACAGCCAAAUAUCUCAGGACUUGCUGGUUGAUAGGGGAGACCAGAGCUUGAAGGGAGGCAGUCAUCCUAUCAACAAAUAUAGCCACCCAAGGUCCAGAACUAAAGCUUCUGCGAGGAUCUUUCCCACACCCUUAGACAGUGGCCUGCUUGCCCGGGCUCAUAGGAGCUUUUCGUUAGACAGCCUGGUUGAUGCUGAAGAAGAAUUGGAGGAAGAUCUGCAAGAGGAGCCUUUCCUUAAUUCAGCUAAUGAGAUGCCCACAGAGACAUUUUGGGGCCUGCAGAACUCCAUUCUGCCUGUAGUGGACCAAGAGGCAAUGUGCAGACCUGGGCCCACCAGCCACAGAACAGGAGUGGGGCUGAAUACCAUCCUGCCGAUGAGCAGCUCAUUUUACCUUAAUCCUCAGUUCCAGGCUAAUAAGGAAUGGUCUGAGUCAGAGGUGGAGGCACGCUACCCAGAACAAGCCAGCUCUCUCCAAGGCACACAGCUUUCGAGAGAGAGCUCUCUGGUGUCCAUGAAUUCUUGGUUUUCCUGUAACUCUAAGAUCAAUCCCAGCAGCCCCCCAAGAAGAGAGGGCUCUUUAUGUUUAAGUCCUGUUGUCCAGGAAGUCCAGCCCUUUGAUGAAGAGAGGCUUGCAUACAUGCAAAAUAGUAAAGAACUAAAGCCACUGGGUACAGAAGCAGUUCCGCCAGAUAGCUCGAAAUGGCCCCGAGGUAGCACUGAACUACCCUGCAGCACAGGAGAUGUGCUUACAACCUCUGCUUCCAGUAUUUCUAAGUUGUCAUUUUGGGGAACUCAAAGGCUUCUUCAUCCAGGAGCUGAUGACUUCUUUCAGGGGAGCAGUAGCCCUGACACAACCCAACCAGGAAACUCAGAAGUUUCUAAUUCUAGUGUGUUGAGUGAGCCUACUACCUCUGCCACAUCAUUCACUCGUGUAGGCAGCACCCAUGAAGGGGACUGGGCUGCCCUUCAGCAAAAGUACCUCCUUGAAGUCUCUCAUCCUGUCCUGGAGGCUGUGAGACAGCCCAGGCCAUCCUUCCCCUAUCUUGAGGAAGAUUCUAGUUCCCUUGUUGAAAAUUCUGGCAAAGGAAGAGAUAGUCAACUACCAGUUAGUCCUGGGACGUCUAGCAGUCUGAAUUUUAACAACUUGCCAAUCCUUCUCUCCAAAACCAGGUGUUUGAGAGCAGAAAAAGAACAGGACAGUUUGGGUGCCAAAUUGGAAAGUGCUUCAGAUUUCUUUUGUACUAGUGAGAAAGAGGUUAGUUGUAAUGGAGCUUAUUCGGCUGACUUGGAAUCACUGGCCUCUGGAUCUACAAAUGCACAGGUUUGUGCCACAGAGAACAAGAUAACAUAUUCCUUAAAAGAAUCCCGGGAAGUCAGACAGAAGAGCUUGGAGGAGUGCUGUCAGGAUAGCAGGAAACCUGGAGUGAUGGCUUCCUCUGAUAAGUAUGUAUUCCAGAAGAAUGCUUAUUGCAGGAAUGUUACCCAGGCCACCAGAGCAGACCAUCGGCUUCAAGGCUGGUCUCCUCUUAGGAAAAAUAGUGCAGUUCACCAAGGACAAAUAAGCCACAACAACUGCUAUCCCCAACAGGAAGAGAAGGCGUGUUGCCGGGAGAGCUCUGAGGAAGUAGUUGGAAGGUGCACAGACAUUUCUUUUGCCCUUCCAUCAGGUCCAGAGCCAUACUUCCAUUCUGCUCCCUGGAAUCCUCUUUCAUCUUCCCUGCAGCCACCUGUCUUGGAAACAUACUAUGUGACCAAAAGCAGAGAUGCCCUGACAGAAACUGCCUUAGAGAUUCCAGCUUGCAGAGAAGUACAAGUGCCAUCCCCACCUCCCCGGGAAGCCUGGGGCUUUAGUCAUGACCACCAAAUCCUAAAGAAAACUUACUUGAAGAAUAAUUUGUCAGUGCUGUUACAAAGCCAGAAUUCCAACAUUGCCUUUUCUCAACAGGCCACCGCAGAGAGGCCAGUUGAUCUGAAAACCAGGGAAGUUAGUGAUGAGUUAGGGGAAUACACUGAAAAUUUUAAAGAAGAAAGGCAUAAUUCAGUUCAUUUUCUUGUUGCUCAAAACAGACAUUUUCUUCCUUUUACUGGCACAGAAGUAUGUGAGCUUGAAAAAGAAGUUCAAAUUUUAAAUAAAAAGCACAGCCUUCCAGCACUUACUGAAAGAGAUGAGGGUCCUGCCCUCUCCUGUUGGAGUGUUUCCUUGGACAACUCUGAACCUGAGAAGCCUUUCCUUUUCAUCUGUGAUUCUGAGGCAGGUAGGAAAGAAGAACAGGUUCAAAUUCAGGAUCAUGAUGUGAGCAGACAGUUUCUUUCUGCACCCAUGUCUGAUUUUAUCUGUAAAACCACUGAUUCAGGCCUUAAGGACAUGCCAGGGGAAACUGCUAUUUUUUUGAAGUCUAGAUCAGAAUGUCAUAGAGUAAGCAGCCCCAUGAUCAUAGCCCAGGAUGAGAGUUCAACCCACAAGUGGGAAGGGAGUAGUGAAACUGGGCUGCUUGGAGAAACUGUCCAUCCCAAAGACACCCCCACAGAGUUAAAGCUUUCAGAGAUGAGAUGUACCUGUGAAAGAGUCAAAUCUAUUACAUGCUAUCAGGAAAGAAGCCCCAGUGAAUGCCAGGGCCCUGAAGGAUCACAAGAAAUGUUAAACUCCAAAGAAGAACUUUUGGGAAAGAAACAUUAUAAAGGAGUUAAUAAUAAUAAUGCUGAUGAAAUGGCUAAGCUAAUUAGGAACGUCAUGCAAUUGGAAAAUGCUAUUUUAGAAAUUGAAUCCAAGCAAAAUGAGCUUCAUGCUUCCCACAAAGCAAGAGUUAGUGAGGACAUAAUGUCCCAAGACCAGAAGGAUCCAGAGAGAUCUGACUGUGUCCUGAGCCCAAGAAGCUCUGGAAAGCAUUUGUCCUGCAAGGAUCAACCAUCUUCUCCAAGACAGGCAGAUGGUAUUGACUUUAGGGACAGUGAAGCUGGAGGAACAAAGGAUAACAGAACUACUGGUAACAAAAACCAGGUCCUGAAUGUCUCUCCAAGCCCCUUCACAUCAGGCGAAUGUGUACAGCACAGUCAGUCUGUGGUUGAGCAUGCCCUCCCAGAUGGAUUAGACAGAUUCCCCAGGGACACAUGUGAUUCUUUAGGGAAAGGCCUACCGUGCAGAGAGUCCACCAACACUGCUUUUCACCAAAAGAGAAUGGAAGCAUUGUCUAGAGCUCCAUCCUUACAUACCCAGCUGGAGAGUUCUGGGAUGGGUGACAGGCUGGUAUCAGCAUUAGCAAGCUUCAAAGAGCAGCCUUGGGGCUUGGGAAGUCUUGAAGCACUGGAGGCUAUAAAAGGUCUUCAGGAAGGCCAAGCUGUCAAAUACAUAAGUAGUUCCAAGCCAGAGUGGCCAAGAGCUCAAGGUGGACUUGAAGAAAUGACCUUGGAAAUGGGAGGAAGCCCACAGGACAAAAGUAAUAUGGUUUCAUUGACCCAGAAACAUCGUAGUCCAAGCCAGCAUUGUAUAUGCACGUAUUGCAGCCAGGAGACUUCCUUCCCAUUACUGAGCAAGACAGACUUCUCCACAGCCCCUUCUAAUAGAGACCUGAGUGCUACCUGGUCCGUGCCUUCACCAACGCUACCAGAAAGCUGUCUUCAUACCCCUGAUAUGAUAGGCAUUUCUUCAGUUGAUCAUGUGCUGGAUCCUACAAUAUUGAAAAUUUCUGACAAUCCUUCAGAACAUGAGGUAGAGUAUGACAGCAAGAGGAGAGAGGACAGAAGUAUGCAGGGAGACACUAGAGGGGGCUCUUCCAUGGCAUACACGGCCUGGUAUGGGGAUGUGAGGCCCAUGGUCUUGGGAUUGUAUGGUCAGUCUGAUGCAGCAAAGAGUAUUUCCCUGGGGACAGAAGAGAGGAUAACAGCAAACAUCCCCCUAGACCGAGGAGGGUACCUCAGAAUCACUUCCAUGGGUUUGCAUGCUCAGGAAAGUUUUGGCAAUGAAACUGAAGCAGCUGUACAAAAGGAAAUACGAGGUACGUUCUUGAAUACAGCUUCUAGGCUUGAAAAAAGGGUCAACUUCUCUUUAGAAGAGGAUGAUGAUCAAGGCAGAGGGGCAAAACAGAAGACACAGGAGGAGGCCAAGGACCAAAGCCCUACCAGCAGCACUUGCUCGGUACCUGUUUCCCUGCCAAGGGCGCCUAGUCAAGAGCCCCUGCUGUUGGAGACAUCUGUCCAUGCAUCCAUUUGCCUGGCUAUCUUGGAGGAGAUCAGACAGGCAAAGGUCUGGAGAAAACAGCCUAAUGACUUUGGGGCUGGGGCUACAGUCCUUCCUUACUAUGAAACUUCAGUGGAACCUGAAUGUUCUUCAGGGACUGCUGGCAGGACUCAUUGUGAACAGACAGACCAGUUGAUGCCAGGCAGUACCAGGAAUGAGGAUGAAGCUCCCGAAUGUGAUGGGGCAUCUCUCUCUGCUGCAGCAGGACAUCUGUUGGCUGUCGAGAAGAAAGGCCAAAUCACACCUCUCUAUACAGAUGGCUCUGGACCUCUGCCCAGCCCUGAAAUGGACAGAGCGCCCCAGCCUCUUCCACAGUCUUCCUCUCUUGCUGCACCUACUCCAGGCACAAAAUCCUGCACUGGAGACCUGAGAGAUUUCCAGGGAGCAAGAAAAGAGUUUACAGAUCACUCUAUUUCUUCUGAAAUCACAGAAAAGAAAAAAUCAUGCAGAAUACUUUCCUCUGGUAGUCCUUUGGUCUUAGAUAGGCUUCUUCCUUCAAGAGCUGUGGAGGUAGACAGGGUGGUGAGAUCAGAGAAAGCAGUGUAUGCAGAGUCUUCUCAGGCCCCUCAAGAUCCGGGGCUGAUUCUGCAUGGGCAGAGCCAGUUAGCUACAUGGCACACUGCAGAGGGCAAGCCCCCUGGCAGUUGCACCAGCAGCCCAGAGCACCAGGAGCCUGAGACUUUAGAUACCACAUACGGAGGAGGCUUAUGUAAUUUGUUAGUGACUGCCUGGGGAGGAAAAACUGCCCACUUUGAAAGUCAGUCUGUGAUCUGUGGAGUUGAGAAUUCUUUAAGCUUUUCAGGGACUAAGCAAGAUCAUGUCCAGUGCUUUGAGACUUCUACUGGCUUAGAAAAAGUGAGGGCAAGUCCAAAACAGGCUGUUUUGCCUGGAGCUCCGAGAAAUGCUGGACUAGAAGCCCCCUUGCAACAGUGUGUGAACUGGGAGGAGAAUGCUUGGGUCAGGACGGGCAGCAAAAAUCUCAGGCCAACUCCAUUGCUAGAUCAGAGACCUAACCCAGACCCUAGGGAAGAUGAGGCCCCAUGCAGAGGUCCAGAGAAAACCAGAGAUUGCCUUGUCUUAUCUGGGAACACACAAGGCACCAGGGCUGUCAGCACAGCAAGGGAGACAGAAGAGAGCAGAACUUGCCAACUGUUAUGCUAUCCUCAGACCACUGCAGCUGAUGCCUGUUCCUCCCAUUCUUCCACUCUGCUUUGUCACAGUGAUGGUGACCUGUGGACGAAUUCCAAGGCCACCCCAUAUCCUGUCUACCCACCUUUCAUUGUACAUUCCAGAGCUUGUGAAAUGGGUGAGAUAGGAGAGACCUUUUCAAAGGAAGCUGAUGUGCUCUUGGCACAUAGCCGUGAGCCAAAAGGCAUAGACCUUGGGCCAAUAGAUGGCAGCAUGCUUGAACCCUCCACUGCAGCUGCUGUCAGACUGCCCGCUCAAGGCCACAGCUCCCUCUGCACCUCCUGUGUGAGGACACAGUCCCUCACCCAGUCAGCUGCUGAUGGAAGCUCAAAGAAAGUAGCGGGUACUGAGGAGGUUGCUGAGAGAAAAGCCAGCCGAGAACUUGAGGCUGCCCCUUGCCUUGCAGACCCUUACUCUGAGGCACUGAAGAACCUCAGGCAUCACUCUGUAGGUGGCCACAGUGCACACGUGUCUCAGACCAAGCUAGAACCAUCUGCAGAAACUCAGGGACCACACACCCUGAGGUUACGUGAAGGGUCUGUUGAGAAUGAGUAUGGGUGCUUACAAAAUAUCAGAUGCCUUUCAGAAAAGCCACAACAUUCCACCAAAUCCAGGGAUCCUCCAGUUAAGUUUGUAGCAAAACACAUCUGUAGUACUCAGGGUGGUAGUCCUUGGGAAGAGGAAGAACAGCGGAGAGACUGGGCUUCAGGAGGUAAUGAAGACCUUCCCUGGGACAGGAGUCCCCCACUCACUGAGCAAGUUGGCUUGAAUGGCUGUCAUAUUAGAGAUGCUGGAAGAGAGGAGGUGGUUGUGACCAAGUCGCUGGUGUCCCAGACUUUCUUACCAGGUUUUGAACACCCGGCUUCUGUGCCAUUAGGGCACGGUGCAGUACCACAUCCUGCUGACCAGAGGCCUGGACAGCUUUUCUCCAAUGCAGAGCAGUUGACUCCCUACUCCAGGCGCUCACUUCCCAUGAUUACAGUCUUCUCUGGCCCCAAACACUCCAAGUCCAGCCCCAGACCUCAGUUUUCUGUGGUGAGCUCUCGAUCUCUUCAGGAGCUAAACAGAGUGGAGUCGUCUUCCCCUCCAGAUGAAGAUGCCCAGGGCCUUCAUAGACUGUGGAACUCACACCUCCCGGGCUAUUCCGCAGGAAAGAUGGUGACAGGAACACCUCUGAAGACUGAGGAUUGUAACUCAACAGCUUCAUCUAACCAGAACAGUGGCCCUACUGAUCACAUGCCACUGAAAUGUGCCACCCCUCCUUACCCAUUGUCUUCCACAGUGUCUUGCAUGGUGACCCCCAAUUUAAUGAACAGCUGGGUGUCUGGUGCUUUGCCUCCACAGGGAAACCCAGAGAAACUGGGUGUCCAGGUCAGCCCAAAGAAUGGUCAGGAGGACAAAGGAAUGUACUUGGGCUCCAGUGAUACUAACCCCUGCAUCGUGCCAUGGUGUCCAGAGGGACCUGUGCACAUUGGCUGGAAGCAUCACAUGUUUGGCGGGGCAGUUGAUGUCUCCUGUAGCCGGAAAGCCCCUGGUCCCAUACCAUCAAAUGCAGCUUGGUGCUGCAGCACAGACAACAGCCUGCGAGACCAGAACCCCCCAGUUUGCUCCUGCCUCCACACUUAUGCCCAAACCCAUUACCUGUCAAGUACACACAGCAGCACUGAGAAUUUACAGGGUUCAAAUGAGGCCUGGAACAUAGGGGGUGUCUCCUGUGCUUUGGGACACCCCCACAUCCUGAGUGGUCCUCACAAGGUACCCCAGUUUAAGGGCCCCACUGAUGAAGCAGGCUGUCUAAAGAGUGGGCUGCCUUUGGCUGAAGGAAUUUCUGUAGGUGCAGUGGAUGAGAUUGUGCUGCUGUGUCCAUCUGAGUCUGGCUGCCCUCUGGCACAGGGCAAAACGGACACCUAUGAGCAGGGCACACAGACUCCGGGCUGCGAGCUCCACCAGAGCGGAGCUGAUGUCUUCUCUCCUCAGCCUGACACCAGUGUGGCAUCACCCUGUGGCCUGGCCUCCUGGGCCAGCAUGCACAGCCUGUCUCUUCACCUCUCACAGCUUCUGCACAGCACCUCAGAGCUGCUUGGAAGUCUCUCCCAGCCAGGCGUGGCCAAGGAGCAGAACACCAAGAUGAACCCCACUGCUGGAGCCCUACAGGCCCUCAGGAUGAACAGUGCAACUCAGACCAGUGUGGAAAAGGGCAGCCAGACUGAUGGGGCCUCACCCCCUCUACACUUCCAGGGCCCAGAGGCCAAACCUCAGGAAGUCAGUGUGAUCCUUGAAGUGCUGAGCUCAGAUAUCACACCUGUGUCUCAAGAAAAGGGGGAUGUCACAGGACCCCUUGGGAGAGUGGCACAGGAGAUGGCGUGGAAAGCUGCCAUGCCUUCAGAUCUUCAUGAAGAAAGUGCUCAUUGUACGCUGAGAAGCUCUUCAGUGUCUUCAUCCUACUUGAGGUUUCAGAAAGCUCCUCUAGAGCAGAACCUCCCUUCUGGGAGCCACCCAGCUUCUCUUGAUGCCUCCUCAUCUCCCAGCUCCCAUCCAGAGGACUCCUCUUGUGUGGUUGUCAACAGUCCCAGCCUCAGCAUGUCUCAUACCCCAGGGUCCUUCCCUAGAGCCUCAGAACCCACCCUGGAACCUCAGGUCCAGAAAAAGCCGUGCCCCACGAGCACCUUGUUGGUGGACAGGGCCUCCUCCCCGAUACUCACACUUAGUGCCAACACCCAAGAGCUGGGUCUUCCCUCAGGGUUUUUCCCCCAGGCUCCCUCAGCCCACCCUUCUGAAGGUCACCCAAAGCUUGACUUCACCCCGAGGCCUCCAGCAGGCAAUUGUUCUCAAACCACUCAUGACUUGACAAUCGAGGCUGUGGAUCAGGGAGGCAGUAGGAAGUCAUUCUUGGAGUUAAGCCCCCGUUGCAGUCCAACACAGAGCUCCAGCAUCCAAGUUAGCUUCUUGGGCCAGCCUCUUAAGCAGCGUUGGCCCAGGACCACCACUGGGGGCCAGAAUACUCCAUCACUUCCACCCCAAAGUCACCUGAGCCAGAGGCUGGCUGACAGCUGUGUGUCUGAGGGGAUGACUUCUCCAGAGCAUGGCCCACUGAGCAGUCGGCCAGGUCAGUGGCAGGGCACACCUGAACAUGAAGGUAAGAGUUCAAUACCUCCAGUGGAGCCACAACUCACUGUGGACCUCUCGUCAUGGAAAGGCCCUCAACACAGUUCCUGCCCUGGUGCUGAGCCAACUGACCCCACAGGUUCCCGCGGUUCCACUGCUGACUUGCCUCAGGGAGUUUAUCCUAGUUCCCAGAUGUGCAUGGGCCCUGAAUCCCAGCCUUGCAACCUAAGGGACCUCCCGGUGCAUAACAAAUUUAGUAACUGGCAUGGGGUUCAGCAUGACUCUUCUGAAGGGCUGGGUGUGAGUGAGGAAAUAGAAGCCAGCUCUGAUCUCAGCUCUGGAGAGCAGAGGCAGGGACCCCCGCAACCUGGUGACCAGAGCCUGGAUCCUGAGUGGUCUCCAAGGAAGCGGAUCUCCCUACAAGUUGGGGCCCGGAGUACCCCACUCAGUGUAGAACUCACAGAAGCGAAACUGCACCAUGGCUUCGGGGAGGCAGAUGCCCUGCUGCUGGUGCUGCAGCGUGGGACAGGUGUGGCACUUGUUCCAGAUGAGGCUGUGAUGUCCACCUGGGAGCAGCGCCAUGCUCGGCAAAGACAAGCCAUUGAGAUCCUCAAGAGAGAGCAGGCUGAGCAACUUCAGAACUUCCCUCGGACACGAAGCCUGAGCCCCCAGAAAAAAAUGAGCCUCCUGUCUAACAGGGCUUUCCCCUCCUGGGACCAAGACUUUCCCAGCAGGCGCCGAGAAUACCUGCAGCAACUGAGGAAGGAUGUUGUGGAGAUCACCAGGAGCCCACAGUCGGCACCGAGUUCUGCCCACCCACCCUCUGACAUUGAGCGGAUGCUGCGUGACUAUCAGCAGGCCCGAGAGGAGGCCAAGGUGGAGAUUGCCCGGGCACAGGAGAGGCUUAGAGAGCGUACUACACAGGAGAAGCUUCGGAUCCGCCAACAGAUCAUCUCCCAGCUGCUGAGGAUGAGGAGUGGGGAAGAAGAAAAACUACAUACCCUGGCCUGCUCCAGCUCCCCAUGCACCAUCUCCAACGGAAGCCUCUCCUCUGGUGUCACUUCUGGUUACAAUAGCAGCCCAGCCUUGUCAGGCCAGCUCCAGCCUCCAGAGAGUGUGAGGGACUCAAACUUGCCUGAUUCCAGAGACAGUUGGAUUGGGGAUGGACGGAGUUGUUCAGCCAUGAGGAACAGUCACCUGUAUAUGGCCAGAUCUGCCCAGAAGAGCUCAGCUUUCAGUGAGUGGUGGGCAGGCCGCAGAGGCUCCCUGAGCAGUUGUUGCUGUUCCGCAUCCAGCCUGUCUAGCUUGGGGACCUGCUUCUCCUCCUCCUACCAGGAUCUGGCCAAGCACAUCGUGGACACUUCCAUGGCCGAUGUAAUGGCUGCUUGUUCAGAUAAUCUGCACAACCUCUUCAUUCGCCAAGCAACAGCUGGCUGGAACUAUCAAGGUGAAGAGCAGGAGGUGCAGCUUUACUAUAAGGAGUUUUCUUCUACUCGGCAUGGCUUCCUGGGGGCAGGUGUGGUGGCCCAGCCUCUGUCUCACGUGUGGGCAGCUGUGAGUGACCCAACCCUGUGGCCCCUGUAUCACAAGACUGUCCAGACAGCAAGGCUGCAUCAGCGGGUGACCAACAGCAUCAGCCUGGUGUACCUGGUGUGCAAUGCCUCCCUGUGCGUACUGAAGCAGCCUCGGGAUUUCUGUUGUGUCUGCGUAGAGGCCAAAGAGGGGCACCUGUCUAUCGUGGCGGUUCAAUCUGUAUAUGACACAUCCAUGCCAAGACCCAGCAGAAAAAUGGUCCGAGGGGAGAUCUUGCCCAGUGCAUGGAUCUUGCAGCCUGUCACUGUGAAAGGGAAGGAAAUGACCAGAGUCAUCUACUUGGCCCAGGUAGAACUGGGUGCUCCAGGCUUCCCCCCUCAUCUCCUGAGCUCCUUUAUCAAACAGCAGCCCCUCAUCGUGGCCAAGCUGGCUUCCUUCCUUGGCAGCUAACAUCGCGUUGUCAAGUUGGUGCUGCUGAGCUUGAUGCCAUAGCCCUGAGCCUGAGUCAGCAGCAUGAGUACAGCCAGCUUUCACCUGUGUUCCACAUCCAUGCCCUCGACCAACACGGAUCAGAAGUAUUGGAGGAAAACACUGUCAUUUUCUAAACGGUACAGGAUAGCAUUGAUUUACACACGGCCUACCCUGUAGUAGGUAUUUUUUUUUUGACACUGGGAAUCGAACUCAGGUCCUAGUGCUUGCAAAGCAGGCACCAGAACCACUGAGCUAAAUCCCCUGCUCUAGUAUUCUAAAUAAUCUGGAAAGGACUCCUACAGUACAGGAAGAAAAAGAUAAAAGUAUAGCAGAGGAUAGUUGUCAGUUAUGGGCAUAUAUUGUAUCAUUUUAUGCAGGGCCUGAGGGUUUCGGAUUCCGCCCUCAAAGAUACUGAAGGCCAGGCUGGAUUGAGGCUCAUUUUGUAGCUGAAGGGACCAUUCACCUAAAUGCAAAACCAGAUUUUGGUUUACUGAGGCUGUUGGUUUAGGGGCUACACUUUGAAAACCACUGGUCUAGCCAAUUCAGAGUGCAGAUCUAUAGGAAGGAACCUGAUUCGCUCAGUGGUUCAGUAGUUUCCUAUCUCUACAACCCUUAGAAUAGACCAGUAGGACAAAGUGUUCUUUCAUUGGGAUCAUACAGACACCCCAACCCCUGUUCUUAACUCAGUGGCCUUAAGCCAGGCCUUUAUAAGCCUGGCAUCCUUUGAGGCUUCAGGCUUCCCUAAGCACAUCAGAAAGUGGCUUUGCUGUGGCUUAAACAUACCACCACACCACUGUAACAUUUGUCUCUGGGCACAGAAAGCAAAAACAAGCCUGUCAUGAUGGUAUGUACCUGUAACCCCAGCACUCCAGAGGGUG